AUGUCCAACAUCAAAGCGAGCAACCCUACAGAGGCGGUCAGAAGCAGAGUAAGAGGCCGCUACAACGACGGCGAGAAGUCGUACGACAUGACAGAACAACAUCGGAAGGCACUCAAAGAUGAGAGUCGAGCCGCGAGAGAUCCUCGAGGUCUUUGGGCUGAGUGGGCCAUGAGCGAGUUUGGCAUUGUCGCAGGCCAGGGCUGGCCAGCCGCAGAAAUCGUUGAACAGAUUAUGAAACACGAUAAGAACAAGCCACGGUUGGAGAUGCUGUACUGGCUGAAGCUGAGGCGGACUGAUAUGCUGUGGGCCUUGAAGAUCGUGUACCAAUGGGUGGUACAGACUGCUGGACGAUUCGAGGGCAACGAAUUUGCCGACCAUUAUGUCAGUCGAGCGCAGGCAGCUCUUGCAGCUGUCAAGAAUGGCGAGGCGGGGAAUUUGAGUGACAAGGAUCUAACACAGAAGUUCUGGGAGGCCUACGGGUGUGCGUAUUGGGUCCGGCGGUGGGAACAAAACGGUGAGGUGGAUAUUUGA